CAAACUUUACUUUUUAUGCAUUUUUUCAGUGGCUAACACGGUACCACAUAUUAAAUAAUUGCAGAAUGUAGUACUGUGCUUUCUCCACUAGAUGCCAUUAUGUCCAUGUUCUUAAGUAAAAUACAUCAGCAACAGAGCCAUGUUCUUCAAAACAAAUGACAAAUAAAAUAGACGGACUCACCGAGGAAUGCUUUAGUGACAAAAGAGAGGUCUACAUGCCAGACAGGAUAAGCUGAACUGAACAGUGCUGCAAUGUAAUGAUAUAGCACAUAACACUAGAAGAACUCACAGUUUUGUUAGUACAAAGCCUUUGGCAGUGCUAGGAGUGGUUAUGUACUUUCUGGACCUUUCUGUGAUAGGUGUGAUACUUGUCUCUUGCAUAGUUCCAUCAGUGAGCUCCCCAUACGUGAGCUCUGCAAAUCUUCCAGUGCAGUGUGAUGCUUAUGGGUGUGUGUUGCUGUAGGGGUGUGUACUUUUCAUUGAUGAUGAGGGACCUCCUUCAUUUGUGUUUUCUUUACAUUCUCAGAGUUUUCUCCCUGCAUGUGCUGUACCCAACAUACUGGCACAAACAGUCAAGAACAGUUCCUUUAAAUGGCAUGGAGAUUAUCAGCUCCUAAAACAAGACAGAUCUCCAGGAAACCUGGACAGAGCAAGCAACAUCAGUCCAUCUAUACAGUUCCAGUAACAGAACAGCAUGAAGCUUAACACUGGGUACCCACCUUGCAACCUGAAGAAAAGUAUCAUGGGAAAUGAGGAGCUCACAAGCAAUGCCUAUGAGAGUUUUACCUGCCAGAGUGAAAAUUGCUCUCCUCCUAUAGACCAGAGUGGAACAUGUGAGAUGUCUCUGAACACAGAACACACAGACACAAGGUCUGCUCAGUCUUACCCCUGUUUUUCUCUAUAUGUGAACAAAACACACCCUCCAGAUCUCAUCAAAGAAGAGAAUUCCUGUGAACUGUCUGGCCAGUCAGAACCAUUCCACUUGAGCUGCUCAGGCAGAGAAGAGUUAAGGACACCGUUUCUUCCAGAUGCAGCUUCAUUACACAAAAGACUUAGCUCUCUGUCAGCUUACUUUUUAGAGUCAGCUGAUAGCCCAAUGCAGGGGUCACUUGUAUCUGGCACUUACACCUCUGUCUGUCUCCAGGCUGAAAGCUUGAGGAGAUGCUCAUCUUCCUUAGAAGCAACUGAAAUUGUUGGAAAUGGUAAUUCCCCUCAUACUUCCCUAUCACCAUGUGCGAAAAUCCAGCACUUGUCUCUCACUGGAAUUUCUACUUACACAAAAAAAGGCCAUACCACUAGUCUCCCAAAUCCAUCCGAAUCAGAAGGGAUCUAUGGUUUGCCUUCUCCUAUCUCAUGUCUCCCACCUGAUCAUGAUGAGCAAGAAAAUGAACUUCCAGAACAGCUUGAUACUCCUUGUGCAAAGAGAAACACCAUUCUUUUCCUGAACACAGCUUCCAUAGAAAGCAAGGAGUUCAACAUUCUUAAACAAGAACCGAAGGAUGACUAUCAGGAACUGCACUCACCAUAUUCACUUCAACAACCCAUGUCCCCAAAGACAGUACAAUCUGACAAACAGAUUCAAAUUGUAUCAAAAGAUGGGAGGCAAAUAUGCCGCUGGAUAGACUGCAGUGCUCUGUAUGAUAAACAAGAAGAGCUAGUAAGGCACAUUGAGAAGACACACAUUGACCAGCGUACCGGAGAUGAUUUUACUUGUUUCUGGGCUGGUUGUGCACGAAGAUAUAAACCUUUCAAUGCUCGUUACAAAUUGCUUAUUCACAUGAGGGUUCACUCUGGAGAAAAGCCAAACAAAUGUAUGUUUGAAGGCUGCAACAAGGCAUUUUCUAGGCUUGAAAACCUGAAGAUUCAUCUGCGGAGCCACACAGGGGAGAGGCCAUAUCUAUGUCAAUACCCAGGGUGCCUGAAAUCCUUCAGUAACUCCAGUGACAGAGCCAAGCACCAAAGAACCCACCAGGACACAAAACCAUAUGCCUGUCAGAUACAGGGCUGCUGCAAACGAUAUACAGAUCCAAGCUCACUUCGAAAACAUGUAAAAGCACAUACAGCUCGGGAGCAGCAAUUGCACGCUAAGCUGCUUUCCGCCUCUGAUCCAGGGAGGGAUGCAACCAGUGAUAAUGUGUGCCUGAGGGUGCCACAGGUGUUUGAUGGGACAUUGGGUAGAAGCAUCAGGCACAAGCUUCUGAAUUGCACUAGAUCACAGGAACUGAUCACAGAUUUACAGAGUCAUAGCAUACUGAGGACUGGAUUAAUGACCGAAGCUUCUGCAGUUCCCAAACAGUGUGCUCCACUGGAACACCAUAACACAUGCUUGUUGUCAAACAAGGAAGGGCCCCAAGAAGGUAAAAUGUCAUCACUUAUCAUUUCACAUCAUGGUCGCCACAUGAGAUCUCCAGCCCCCUUCAUAAUGUUGCACAGAGGAUCCUCCCCCAACUCCCACAGCAAAUCAUCUUCUGAGGAGCAGUGUUCAACAGGAAAAGUUUUUCCUCCAUUCCACAGCCCACCUGGUACACAUGCACAAGCAGGUUUCCAGAACAGUAUGGUGCAGUAUCCACAAUACUUUAGGGAAGUACAUUGUCAGAAUCCGAACCAAUAUAACAUGGUGAGCACGCAGUCAGCAGCCUACGACAUGCAAGUUCCAAGUGCUCACUCUCUGUCUGAAGCCAGACAAAACUGUUCAGAAGAAAGAGGAUUUUUCCCAAAUGCCACCUUUGAUCACUGUUUAAGCCAGAUUUCUUCCAUUUAUGCGGAUGCAUAGAUUCUUGUUGUUACAACUGAGUUUUCCUGCAAACUGAAUGCAAUUAAAGAUGCUUUUUAUAACUUCAUUAUUUUGCAAUAAGCUGCUGCUUUCACUUGUUAAAAUAUAGCAUAAAAGUUUAAUAUAAAUUAUGAAAAUAUAAAGACUGUAAUUGUUGAGGGUUUUAUAAACUAUACACCAUACUUCUACAGCAUUCGGUCACUUUUAUAAAGAACCUUGUGUAAUCUAUGUUUCAACACAUUUUUUUAAAAAAAUACAAAAGUCCACGAAAAAGCCAAUAAUAAAAUAUUUUCUGGUUGUUCA